GCUCUUUCCUCGUCGUUCUUCCCCAAGGCCUCUGUACGUUCACCAACGGGCUCUUCAGCCUCCAUCCCUCUUUUGUUCACCACUAUCCUUAACACCCUCACCGACUCCGAACACAAUGCGCGCUUCGUCCCUCGUCGCUUUCUCCGCUCUCUCCUUCGCACUGCCCUACCUCGCUCUUGCCAAUGACCACAGCGGCCAUGCUCGUCGUCACCACGACAUCGCUGCUCGUCACCCAACGGACAAGAGAGAUCCUGAGGUGCUCUCAAAGAGAUAUGACAAUAUGAGGUUUACCUUCUAUGAUGUUGGCCUUGGCUCCUGCGGUAACACCAAUGUUGCCUCUGACUUCAUUGUUGCCCUGAACUCCGAUCAAUACGGAAGUGGCUACCCUGGUCCCUACUGUGGUGACAGUAUCACUAUCACCGCCAACGGAAAGACUACGACUGCCCAGAUCCAGGAUGAGUGCCCCGGCUGCCCCUACGGUGGUUUGGACUUCUCCCGUGGCCUCUUCGACUACUUCGCCGAUGAGUCCGUCGGUGUCCUCUAUGGUACCUGGAACUUCGUCAACGGCGGGGGAGGAGGUGACACCUCUACCUACACGUACGUCGCCCCGACCACCUCCUCGACCUGGGUGGCUCCAACCACCUCUUCCACCUGGGUCGCCCCGACCACUUCGUCUACCUGGGUAGAGCCCACCACGUCGUCCACUUGGGUCGCCCCCACGACGUCCUCCACCUGGGUCGCCCCGACCACUUCCAGCACCUGGUCCUCCAGCUCUACCUGGAGCAGCUCUUCUUCGUGGAGUAGCAGCUCCUGGAGCUCCUCCUCCGCAUGGUCUUCGUCCUCCGCAUGGUCGUCGUCCGCCACUCCCUCGUCGUCUGCAGCCAGUGCCACCGCUUCGGCGAGUGGUCUUGCGGAGUCUUCGGGCACGCUUUCAGGCUCGGCGGCGACUGGAAACAUCAACGAAGGGAACCAGGUCAUCAUCGGCCUUGGAGGCCUCGUCGCUGCCGGCCAGGCUGUCGCGGCGGCUUAAUUUCACUACCUAUUUCAAUUUCUUCAUUCCCAUUUUUGGGCUGGCUUCUCUGUUGGAUUAAUUGAUCACCUCACACUCGUUUGGUCCCUUCAUAUCACUCGCUCGCUAGGCGGGGCGAAAAUGUCAUGUUCACGAUAAAAAUCACCUAGUACUAGCUACCUCCGUCCCCCCGUCAUGUCCAUAGGAUGUCCAUACGUCUUAUUUACCGUACCUAAGUAUCCCACUACCUACCCACGGACAUCUAUCGGACGUUUUUCCUCAUACUAUCCGGGCCUUUUAUACGUGACAUCAUAUUUUUCGCUUCUCCAUUUCCUAGCUGGUGGUGUGCGUUUGUGUUGUGUUUCGGUUGUGUUGACAGUGAACGAUCACUAGCCCUGCUAUAUACCCAGCUAACUAACCUAUCCCCACCCCGCCGUUCUCAUCCUCCGAUUAUCAUUGUCAUGGAUUCUGGUUUCGUCUUUUUGAUUGAGUGUCCUUUUUUAUAUCUAUUCACUCUCGUUGUUUGUGGUAAUAGUGGUUGUGUGUUUAGGGCCUGUGUGUUUCGUUAAGCGUUAAUUAACGUUGUCGUAGCGUUCAAUUAUCGGGUCUGCCCC